AGAAAUGGGGAGCAUCAUCGAGAACGACACGUUUGACUUGGUGAACCUACCCCCGGGGCGUAAGGCGAUCUCUUCCAAGUGGCUCUUCAAGCGCAAGACCGACGCCGACGGCAACAUUGAGCGCUACAAGAGCAGACUUGUAGCCAAGGGGUACCAGCAGCAGGAGAAGAAGGACUACAAUGAAGUAUAUGCUCCUGUGGUAAAGGGUACAACCCUUCGAACCCUCUUCGCCGCGGCGGCCAUCAAAGGAUGGGUGGUGAAGCAAAUGGAUAUCGUAACGGCCUUCCUCAACGGAGUUUUGGAGGAAGAGACCUACAUGGAGCAGCCAGAGGGGUACAAUGAUGGGAGUGGCAGAGUGUGGAAGCUGAAGAAAGCACUCUAUGGCCUCAAGCAAGCCCCUAGGCAAUGGUACAUCAAGCUGCGGGAAGUCUUGGAGGCGAUCGGUUUCACUCCCUCAACGGCCGAUCAAUCAUUGUUCAUGCUUGGCGAGGGGGAGCAGAGGAGCUUCAUGGUGGUUUAUGUGGAUGACAUCCUCAUAUUCUCACCCUCCUCUGACCUUGUGAAGGAGGUGAUGCUGAAGCUUCAAGACAAGUUCAAGUGCAAGACCCUUGGUGACGUCAACUACUACCUUGGGCUUCACAUUGAGCGAGAUGUGGAGAAGCGGUGGAUGCGAGUGCAUCAAAAGAAGUACUUGGAGGCCUUGGCUGCAAACUUUGGAAAGAGUGAAGGUCAUGUGGCUACUCCUCUUCCCUCAGGGUUCAAGUGUGUGAAAGGACCAGCAGAGGAAAGUGUUGGUGAAGAGGAGAGGCGCCGUUUUCAUUCCUUGGUGGGCAGCCUCAUGUAUGCGGCCGUUCACACAAGGCCGGAUGCAGCCUUUGCUACCGGACAGCUAGCUAGGGUUGUCCAAUGCCCUAAUGAAGAGCAGGUAGCAGCUGGAGAGAGGGUGGCCAAGUACCUUGGCCAAACAGCAACUGUUGGACUGCAAUACUCCGCGGCGGCACAAAGGCGUCAAAAGGGUGCGGAUGGAGUCGAACCCGGGAGGCUCUUUCUCACCGCCUUCUCUGAUGCAUCUUGGGCAUCAGAACCAGAGGACAUGACAAGUGUGGGAGGCUUCAUCUGCUGUGUGAAGUGGCAUUGGGUGAGGAGCAUGGUAACCGCGGGUGAAGUGGAGUUGCACUACGUGAAGACGACGGCGCAGCCGGCUGAUAUGAUGACCAAGAGGCUGGUUGAGCAGCAGCAUUGGAAGUGUUGCAAGCUUGCUGGGAUGGCUCUGAACUAAGGGGAGCAGAUUCUAAGGUCAACAAUCCGAGGGGGAGUUUGUUGGUGCAACCCUAUGGCUUGCACUCGGCUUGUCGUCCGUGUUUGUGUGUGUGCAUGCAUGGCAUGGAAUGACUUGUGAGUCUAUGUCAUUGCUAUCUAGUGCUUGUGUGUGUGUUUGAAUGGUGUCUCACAAUGUGGUGUGUGUCGGUCAAGACAUU